UAAACCUUGACCGUUGCCCAUACCGUCCACACCACUACAAUCAUAAUAAAUUAUUACUCGUGCUUUGAAGGAUAUAAACUGAAUUAUGCAAAAAAACGUCAAUUGCGGUGUAAAGAAGAUUCUUCAGUUUUCCUCUACAGUCUACACCUUGACAUAAAUAAUCUAUAGAAUUCAGUAUAAUUUGAUUGCAUUGCUACUUCUAAUUUGAAAAUGGCUACAAAUUUAGUAGUAUUAGGUGAAAAUGCUGCUAGAAUUAACGUGAAAGUUAAUCCAAAUAUGACUGUUCUUAAAGUAAUAGAAUUAGCCUGCACGAAAAUGAAAGCAAACAGCAAUGAUUUUGAUUUAAAAUAUCACAACAAAAUAUUAGAUACAACAAGUCUAAUCAGAUUUACAAAUAUUUCCAACAAUGCCUUAUUGGAAUUAGUACCUGCCACAAAAUCUAGGGAAAAUAGUUCUGUUGGUAUAUGGUUACAAUUAGAAGAUGGAUCUAGAUUAUCUGGUGAAUUUCCAUCUAGCCAAAAUCUAUUGAAAAUCAUACAGAUAUUGUUGAAGGACAAAUUUUCUAACUAUGAAAGUCCAGCUAUAAUUUAUACAAGAAUGGAAAUAAUUGGUAAAGAACAAUUGCAGCAGAAAACAUUAAAAGACAUUGGACUAGUUAGUGGCAAAGCCUUGUUAAGAUUACUUAAUAAAAAAGAAUUCGAAGACCAAGCUCAUAUAUAUGUACCUGCAGCAAGAAAACCAAAACUUGAAGAACCUCCUAAAGUCUUAGAUCGUAAAGAAAUAAGCACAAUUAAUGCAUUACCAAAUGCUGAAUUUUCAAAUGUUAUGGCAACAAGUCCACAAGAGACGAAAGAUAUUGAAACAAAUACUAAUGAUACAGUUGAAAAAUCUGAGCCUAUAAAUAUGUCAACAUAUCAAAAAAACCUUGAUAAUGACCCUAAAGCAAAAGAUAGCAAUAAAAAGCCUACUCUUAGUAAUGAAGAUCUCAAUAAUUUUAAAAACUCUAUAUCUUAUUUAGAUGAACGGGAUACAUUGUUAUUUAAUAUUAUGGAUGGUACUUCAGUGUUGUAUCAAGAUGAAGGUGAUGAUUUCUUUCAACCUACUAUAAAAGAUGUUACUCUUGUACUAAGAGAUUUGAAAAAAUCACGGGCUCAAUUAGAAGAUGGCCAACUGUGUACAAGUGCAAUGCGAGAAUUAGAAAAGACUCAAAACCAACUAAAUUUAUUACAUAAAUACAAAAAAUGUAUUAUCAGAAUACAUUUUCCAAACAGAUUAGUGUUACAAACUAUAUUCAAAUCAACUGAAACUGUAUUAGAUGUAAUAAAUUUUAUUCGAAAAUAUCUUAUUGAUGAGUCUUUAAACUUUAGUUUGUUUACGACACCUCCUAAGACUAUUUUGAAACCCGAAGAAACAUUAUUGGAAUGUGGAUGUGUACCAUCAGCAAUGAUACAUUUUUCUAGCGAUAUGGAAACUGAUCAAUUAAAACCUGAACUUAAACAGAAAAUUGUAUCUGGGUGUCAAGCUUCAAUAGCUGCUUAUCUUGUGAGAAAAGAAAGAAUUCCAAACUCUACACAUAAUGACACUUUAUAUAAUGAACAACCAGGGACAAGUAAACAAUCAGAGAAUCAAAAUACUAAAACGGCUGUUUUUACUAAACAAAAUAAAACUACAGCAAAUAGUGGAAAGACACCUAAAUGGUUUAAGCCGGUAUGAAAAUUAAAGUAAAAUCACAAACUACAAAUUAUGUUUAAAUUACUUAAUUAUAAUUUAUUGAUGUAUAAUUAUA